AACAUGGCCCUCUGUCGGCUACUUGAGGAACAGCUGCUGAUGGCAGUCGCCCAGUUGGACAUCCGUGGAGGUGGUGUAAACCCCUUCAUUGAGCGUCUUGCUAAACUUGGCCUCCCUGAAGAUGAAGGUGAGUAUGAGGAAGGUAAGUAUGAGGAAGGUGAGUAUGAGAUUGCUGUUGCAGAUGAAGAUGAGCUCUCCCCCGACGAAGAAGAUGACGAUCAACUGGUCGACACUGACCAGGAUGAGGAUGACAACACAGGUGAUGAGGACGACUGGUCUGACAGUUUCAGCCAUGAUUCCGGGUAUGACUCCCUGUCUGAAGAUGAAGAGGAUGAAGAGGAUGUUGAAGAGGAUGUUAAAGAGGAAGUUGAAGAGGAUGAUGAUGGCAACAUCCGACCUUGCUCCCCUCUCAUCCAGCAGUUCCCACCUACAAGCUUUUGGCAGAGAUGGGAACAAGUGUCUCCCCCUGUUCCCGCUGGUGCUAUUAUCUGGCCCUGCACUUUUGAUGUUCAACAUCUGGAGACCCCUGCACAUCAAGUGGAACAUGCUGAAGAUGGUCUACCCUCAGCCUCUCAAAGGUCAAAACAGUCUGCUCCUUCAACCUCAGGCCUUGGCUUCUCCACAAAGAGAAGCAGGGAAGAGAGCGAAACGGUGCAGGCGAGUACGAAAAAGCAGAAGGGGAAUUGUGAGGACAGCCAUGAUGAGUCAGCAGCCUCAACUUCAGGCCUCGGCUUCUCCACAAAGAGGAGCAGGGAAGAGAACAACACAGAGGAGGUAAGUAUGAAGAGGCAGAAGUGGAAUUGUGAGGACAUCCAUGAGGCGGCUCCUUUGACUUCAGGCCUCGCCUCCUACAGGAGCAGGGAAGACAGCCACAGGGAAUCAGCCCCCCCUGCUGAAGAUGGUCUACCCUCAACCUCUCAAUGGUCAAAAGAGUCUGCUCCUUCAACCUCAGGCCUUGGCUCCUCCACAAAGAGAAGCAGGGAAGAGAGCAACACGGUGCAGGUAAGUACGAAAAGGCAGAAGUGGAAUUGUGAGGACAGCCAUGAUGAGACAUCGGCCUCAACUUCGGGCCUCGGGUCCUGCAGGAGCAGGGAAGACAGCUACAGGGAGUCAGCCCCCUCCACUUCAGGCCUCGGCUCCUACAGGAGCAGGGAAGACAGCUACAGGGAGUCAGCCCCCUCCACUUCAGGCCUCGGCUCCUACAGGAGCAGAGAAGACAGCUACAGGGAGUCAGCUCCCUCCCCAUUCAGGAAAUACUGGAGGGGCCCUUUUGAUUACCUGAGAGGAACUGAAGACAGUGACUCGGAUUAGGACAGAGUUUUAGACUGUUUGCUGCAGGAUUUGAAAUUAGAUUAGACACACACACACACACACACACACACACACACACACAUACACACACACACACACACACACACACACACAGUGACAGAUUAUCAGUGCCUUAUCCAGGAGUACUUUUUCUUUCAUUUUUAAACUAAGCUGUAGAUGCCUAUGCAAGAGGUAAGUUAAAAAUGACAGCAUUAACUAUGCAAAAAAUAACAAUUACUAACAUUAAUUAAAGUCCCCAGCUAAUUAUCUUCUUUUCAUAUUCUAUUAGACUCAACUUUCAGGAUCUCCUUGACGACAGAGAAGACGUGUUUACUCCGGACCAGAUGAGAGUGAUGGAUGACCACAGGACCAGCAGGAGAGCGGCAGCCGCCUUUCUUUCAGUCGGCUAAGACAGGACUCGCACCCCGGGCAG